GAUUACCUCCUCACUCCGCCGCCGAAUCGAAACCCCGCGUCCGCUCCACACCCUCCACCAAUGGCGAUCAUGAAGGCGCCGUCCCCGCCCUCGUCUCCUCCGCCGCCGCAUGGAAGCGACGGCGGAGGCAGCAUCCGCCGCUCGCCGGCGCCGACACCGGCGCCGCCGGCGCCGCUCUCUCUCCCCUCCGAUCCCCAGAAGAAACCCUCGCUCGAGUGGGUUCCGCUUCAGAAGCACCCCGUCUUCGCUAGUAGAAGCCCUAUCUCCUCCGAUUCCGGGGAGCUCCGCCGUGGCUCCGCCGCUUCCGGCGGCGGAAGCUCGGCUGCGUGGGACGCCGCCUUGUCGCGGCUCUACGUGUGGGACUCUGUCUCCCGCUGCGUCCACCGACUCGCCCUUCGGUUGCGUGAUCUCGAUGCCGACUCGGCUUCUUCUACCGAUUUUAGUGUCGUCGUCGAGGCCGCGAUCCCUUCUGAGAAGCUGAUACCAGAUACUCAAAUCCCAUCGAUUGUCUCUCAUAUUUCACUAAAUGCAGAUGGCUCAUCAUUAAUUCUUGCUGGUUCCGACUUCCUUAGAGUCAUCUACAUAUAUGAGAGGAUCUCUGUUAAUGGCAACACAGUUACUUGCAGGAUGGUGUCAGUCGCUUCUCAAAUCUUAACUGGUGAAAACAGUGGAUUACAAGCUUUACAGAUAUCCUGGCACCCUUUCAGUAAUAGUCAUUUGGGAGUUUUGACAUCAGAUUCUGUUUUCAGGCUAUUUGAUCUCUCUUCUGAUUUAGAGCGACCAGAGCAGGAAUAUUAUUUACAGCCCAUCAAACCUGGAAGCUGCCACAAUGCUGUAUCUAUCUGCCCGGUGGCGUUCUCAUACGGAGGCCAUCAUUUGUGGGACAGAUUCUCUGUUUUUAUCUUAUUCAGCGAUGGUUCGAUAUAUGUCCUCUGUCCAGUUGUUCCUUUCGGAAGCCUUUUUAACAGAAGAUAUAUUCAAGAGAUAUAUGAAGAUGUUAUUGCAUUUGGGUUGACGUCAUUGAACCCAAAAAUCGUUAGCAACUCACGUUUGGCCAUUUCUUGGCUAGAAGCAACAUUUCCUGAUGUAGCAGAUCAAUCAACUGAAGUUGGCAGUGUUUCACUAGCAAGAGCUCAUGCUUAUGCCCCAGUAGAUGCAUCUCUUUCAUUUCAGGGACCUCUCUGUAAAGUUUCUCAUGGUGAGGAAAAUAACAAUAUUGAAGGCAAAGCUGUAGGUUUUCUUUACAACUCUGUAGGCAAAGAUUCAAUUAUUGUAACUGCCUGGAGCAGUGGGCAGCUCCAGAUUGAUGCCUUCGCUGACGAAAUCCAGCCUCAUUGGAAUACGAGUUUUCCCCCUCGUCUAGAUAUUGAUAGACAUGGGGAUUUAAGGGGUUUUGCUAUGAUCUGUGAAUCAAAUUUUCAAGAUAAUUCUGCUUCAAAACUUCAAAAUCAACUCGAAAUGGGAUCAAAUUCUAGUAACAAUGUUGAUUCAGUUUGGUUGGGUCCAUCACCUCCUUUGCUAAGACUAGCUCUUGUAGACUUGGCUCUUCCAAAUGCAAACCCUAGUUGCAUGCUAUCCUUAUUUCCUGAUCCUCUUGUUGGAGAGAGAUUUUACUGUGUUCAUGGUGGGGGAAUCGACAUGGUAUCUCUGCACUUCCUGCCGUUCUCAGAUGCAGGCACCAAUCCAAAACCACCAUCUGUACAUCCUAUUCUUGCCACGGGCAAUGAAGAAUCUUGCUCUCCUUUCCUUUCAGGUUUUGUUACUAUAGCCGAUGCGUAUGGCCAUUUGCAGAUAGUUGGAAUCACCCUUUCUUAUGAAUGCAUUGUUGUCGAGAUGAAGGGCUGGAAAGAACCGAUGCCCAUUAAUUACGAAUUUGAUAGCAAAUCUGCCAAUGAUGAAGAAGCUGCUACUAUUCCUGAAUUUAUAAGCAAAGAGCUUCUUGCGGGCCCAAAAACGAUCAUACUUCCUGCAUCAGCAAGUCUUCGAUCUUUGACAGCAGACUCCAUUGAAGGCCGAUCGACUCUUCAUCACUAUAUCAAGCUUUUCCAUGAGAAUUAUGUCGAGUAUGCUCACAAGGUCUAUAUUGAGCUGAAAGAACACGCAGACUAUCUGAAAACAGUAAUCGACGCCCAACAGAAACGCUUGCAUGCAGUGAAGCAGUCACUUGCAAGAUAUGAAACCAAAGAACAAGGCAUAAACGACAGAAUUGAUCGUGCUUUUAAGGUAUAUGAGCUUCUAGAAAUGCGUCUAGAGAGCUUCAAGACAUUGCCGGCAAGAAACAAGAAACCAUUAUCAAGAGCAGAGCGUGAAUUCAAGGCCCAGCUUGAUAGGUUUGGAAAUAUCGAGUUAGACGCAUUACACUCGGCCAUUGAAGCUCUGAACGCAAGGAUGAAGAGGUACAGCCAACCUUCCCUGGUCGGGAGCUCACCGCAGCAAACAUCAUUGAGGGGUAGAAACUACAUAUCGGACAAUCAAAUGUCGCUGUUAAAAUCGUCGCUGGAGAAGCUUUCAAUCAUCAAUGAACAGAAUACCCAGAAGCUAAAGCUUAUCGAGAAUGAACUAAAAAGCCAGGAGUAGAGCUUUUUUAUAAAUAUACAGUGUAAGUUUUGUACCAUUUCGGGAAUGUUAGUGUCUGUGUUUCAUAUAUUUAGACAUCGAGAUAAAUUUGAUGGCAAAUCGAUUUGACUCGAUCCUUGGCUCUUAAAGUAAACUGUGCUGUUAACUGUAAAUUAGCAAUUCAAGUAUGGAUUAUUCCACUUGUAAUA